UUUCUUGGGGUGGGGCUGGCAUUGGGGACAUCAGAGGGUGGGGGAAGAAGGCCUCUGCCCCCUCCCCAUUUCAUCAGCUCUGCCAUACAGUGGAAAACUGAGUUAGGUGUGAAAGCAGAGUGAUUGUGGGAAAAGGAAAGCAGGAAGGUGCGAGGGGGUGAUCUCAUUGCAAGGAGAGUCAGCUGUGAGGCUGCGGGUUGCCUGAAGGAUCCAUGACGGGGCCGUGCCGGAGAAGGAACACGGAGCAGACACACCUGUGGGGUUGUUUUGGUCUCCCCUCGUUUCCUCCAACCACCUGCAUCUUUUUGCUGGCUGGCUUAACGGCAUUGUCAAAAUGUCAGGAUGCUUUAGUGAAGGGCCUCCCACCGGCGUCGUCGCCACCACCAUGGAGCGCCUCCUGCUGUGUCUCCUGGCACUGCUCGGCAGCCUGGCGGCCCGGGCUCAGGUGUGCCCCAAGCGCUGCAUGUGCCAGAACCUCUCGCCCUCCUUGGCCAUCCUGUGCACCAAGACGGGCCUCCUCUUCGUGCCCACGGUGAUCGACCGCCGGACGGUGGAGCUGCGGCUGACGGACAACUUCAUCACGGUCAUCCGCCGGAAGGACUUCUCCAACAUGACCAACCUGGUGCACCUCACCCUCUCCCGCAACACCAUCAGCCAGAUCCUGCCAUACGCCUUCGCCGACCUGCGGGGCCUGCGGGCUCUGCACCUGGACAACAACCGCCUCCUCCUGAUCGGCGGCGACCAGCUCAAGGGGCUGCCCAACCUGCGCCACCUCAUCCUCAGCAACAACCAGCUGCACGACAUCUCCCCGGGGGCUUUCGAUGACUUUGCCAGCACCCUGGAGGACCUGGACCUCUCCUACAACAACCUGGCCCAGGUCCCGUGGGAGACGAUCCGGCGCCUGAACAACGUCAACUCCCUCAACCUCGACCACAACCUGAUCGAUUUCGUCCCCGAGGGGGUCUUCACCAACCUCCUGAAGCUGGCCCGCCUGGACAUGACUUCCAACAAGCUGAAGAAGAUCCCCCCGGACCCUCUCUUCCUCCGCAUCCCCGUCUACGCCAAGUCCAAGGGCUCCCCGCUCUCCUCCCUGGUGCUGAGCUUCGGGGGGAACCCCCUGCACUGCAACUGCGAACUCCUGUGGCUACGGAGACUCACCCGGGAGGACGACCUGGAGACCUGCGCCUCGCCGCCGGACCUCCUGGGGAAAUACUUCUGGACCAUCCCGGAAGAGGAGUUUAUCUGCGAGACCCCCUUCAUCACCCGCCACACAGGGCGCUUAGUGGUGACCGAGGGGGAAGGAGCGGUCCUCCGUUGCCGUGGGGUCGGCGACCCGGAGCCCACGAUCCACUGGGUCUCUCGGGAGGGCAAGGUGGUGGCCAACACGUCGCGCACCAUCUCCUACGACAACGGCACCCUGGAGAUUCUGAUUGCCACCGUCCAGGACACGGGGAACUUCACAUGCAUCGCCUCCAACGCGGCCGGCGAGGCCACCACCUCCAUCGAGCUGGUGGUCCACCCGCUGCCCCACCUCUCCAACGGCACGGAUCCCAAGGACCCCGAGGCCGUGGGGCCGUCGGACAUCCUGACCUCAGCCAAAGCCGCCCUCCCGGCCGGUGCCAACGAAACGGGGGGCUCUCAGGACAAAGGGGUGGUGGUCUCGGAGGUGACCUCCUCCUCAGCCCUGAUCCACUGGUACCCACCCUGGCACGUCCCUGGCAUUUGGAUGUACCAGGUCCAGUACAACAGCUCCUCGGACGACAUCUUGGUGUACAGGAUGAUCCCACCCUCAAGCAAAGCCUUCUUGGUGAAGGACCUGGCCUCUGGGCGGGACUACCACCUGUGCGUCUUGGCGGUCUACGACGACGGGGUGACGUCCCUCACGGCCACGCGGAGCCUCGGCUGCACCCAGUUCAGCACGCUGCCCGACGCCCUGCAGUGCCACUCGCUCCACACCCAGUUCCUGGGGGGCACCAUGAUCAUCAUCAUUGGGGGCAUCAUCGUGGCCUCCGUCCUGGUCUUCAUCAUCAUCCUCAUGAUCCGCUACAAGGUCUACAGCGGCCAAGACGAGCACAAGAAAGCCAAAGUCAGCAACGUCCACUCGCAGACCAAUGGCAACCAGGCCCCCUCGGCCCCCACCAUGCCCUGUUCGGCCUCCAGGCCGGAGGGGUGGGGUGGGAACCCUGCCGGGGCGGCCUGGGUGAGGAGGGACGGCAGCCUGCCGGCCUUGAGCAAGGACUGCGAGAAGGGCUCCCGGACCCACCUGCCGGACGUGGGGCCAGAGGAGAACCCCUCUCCCCGAAGGAGGAGGCGAUGGUCACGGACUAACGUGGACCUCCAUAGCAGUUGUUCUGGCUCUGGCCUGGACGCCUGCCAGGGGGAGGACGCGCCAGAUUCCCAGCUGAUGCCACCUGCUGGUGAGAGGAAGAAUGGCAGCGAAUGGACGGAUGUCAAAAUCUGACCUCGGGUGCCCCCCCUCCCCACCCGGUGGGAACAAGGUGCGGCUAGACGGGAACCCUGAGAUCGGUGUGUUUGCUGGGACCUGCCGCUAACCCCUCCUGGAUGUCCUUCCCACCUUCCGGCCUCUCGCUCCCCUGGUUGCACAGCAGCAGGGGGGGGGGAAGCCCUGUCUACCUGUGUCCAUCGAUGGGGUUCAUCGGGGAGAAAUGAGCCAGGGCUGCCAGGAGGGGCCACCGAAGGGGCUAGGAGGCGGCCCGUUUCCAGACUCCACACCAUUCCUGUGAGCUCCCGCUGUGUUGGUGCUGACAUUUUACAAAGGGAGGUGGGCUGACACCCCCAGACACUUGCUCCGACUUUGCUGGAGUGGGGGAGGAGAAUCUGUGUUUGCCAGGGUCACUUCCACACAUGACUUCUUGGCCCUGUUUCUACUAGACUCACCUGUGGGGACCUCCUUUGGGUUUGUCGGUUUGUUUGUUUUCUAUUAAGCUCUUUCUGUUUUUCUAAAUCAUAUCUGCAGUUUUUCUAAUAAAUGGAGUUAGAAAUCA